AUGUUUUUCGUCCCCUACGCCGCCAAGAAUACUGCCCAGGCCUCUGCGCCCACCUGCCGCAGCGCCAUUGCGUCGACGACCAACAAGAGAUCGUUCUCGUCCGACGUCGGCUCGGCUUCGACUGGCUUCGGUGACGGUAGCGUUGAUGAUAAUGCCGCUGCUGCUAUCAUCCCUAAUGCCGGUCUACACCCUGAGAUAGAAGUGCCCGGGUAUGUGUGUGCCGCCUUCCCAUGGGACUCGCCGAAGACCGUUCAUGCGGACAUCCUCCCGUGGAGGUGCUCGGUCGUCCUUGAACUAUACGACAAGGCUCUUCUGAUGAACCCCUUCGACACACCGCCUGGGCUGGCAUCCGCAGGUUUCCAUCGCGGUUGCCUGGCCACCGAGGAGGACACCGGUGUUAAGACGUCAUCUGAGCUCAACCGGGAUGCCUCCCCCUUUAUACCGUCGACUGAGCCCAGGAAGCAUCACGAGGUUGACAGCUUGGUUGGCCGACCGGUGGGAGAAACUGUCCACUACGAGUCUUGUACCUCACGUUUCAAUGGUGCUAAGGAGGAGUCGAUGAUCGAUUCGAUCGCGGUCUAUCAGCCGACGAGUCAUAUCCUACAGAGUUGCGUCACUGCCGGCCGAUGCUGCAUCCCGUGGCAUGACAAAGCGCCACACAUACAUAUGGUCCCGAUGCUCUACAACGCUGGAGUCGACGACUGCAAGUCUGGUGAUUGUGAAGAGCCCGAGAAGCAGUCAAAGUCUAUUAGACGGGAUAAGGAGUCGAGACUUUCCCAGAGCGACAGUGGAGAGCUGGUGUCGGCGAGGAAGAUGUUGAGAAUGAUAUCGGGCCGGUGGUAUUGCGUGGUCGAGGGUCCAGACCUGGAGUAUGAAAUUAGAGGAUCGUGUGUGAUCAAGACAGAGAAGGAUAAGGACGACUCGUCUGAUUUCUCGCCACCGCUCUGGAAGAAGCGUUUGGUAAUCAAGAACGGCUCCAUCUACUGGAGUGCUUCGCAGAAUUAUGUUCUCUCGAAGUCCAAGUUCAGUCGUAAUGAGAUCAACUGGGAGUCCACCAGCACAGGGCGUAAGGGGUGGAUGUGGCUCAGAGUGCCCCAUAGCACCGACACCGAUUCCCCGAGCACUCACAGCUCUAGUUAG